ACGUGACAGGAAGUGACGUAAGGAUCGCGACAGAUUGAUUGGUGCGCCUUAGCCAAUUGGAGCUCUACCUGAGAUCAAGUGACCACAAGCGAUGUUACAAAACCAAACCAGGAGGCUCUGAACGUUGACUGUUUUCAGUGAUUUGAACAUUUGCCGCAGUCAUGUUUAAAGCUAUUGGACAAGCUCUUUUCUCCAGCGGACUACAGUACCCGGCAUUCACAACCCCCAAGGAGACGGACUUAAACAAGGAUACUGACUAUGAGAUCCGCACCUACGCGCCCACCAAGUGGGUCAGCACCACCCUGACUGGGACAAAUCUGGAUGAAGCCUUGGGGACCGGCUUCCGCAGGCUGUUCAAGUACAUACAAGGCAACAAUGUCAACAAGGUUCAGGUGGAGAUGACGGCCCCUGUGACAGGCCGCAUUGACCCUGGCGCCGGCCCCACGUGCGAGUCCCACUUCACCGUGUCCUUCUUCAUCCCGGCGAAGCACCAGGCCAACCCUCCGGAACCGAGCGACCCGGAUGUGUUUGUGGAGCACAGGAAGGAGUUCACAGCGUACGUCAGAACCUACGGGGGGUUCUCCAAUGAGAACCUGAAGCAGGAGGAGCUGCUUAAGCUGGUGGGGAGCCUGAAGAGGGACGACGUUGAGUUUGUGGACAAGCCGUACUACGUGGCGGGUUACGACAGCCCCUUUAAACUCAUCAACCGCAGAAACGAGGUGUGGAUCCUCAAGCAAACAGUGGAAGUGUAAAUAUUCUUAGAAUCUAUUUUCAUCCUUGAGGUUGCGUUGUCGUUCAUUUGUGUAAUGCACAUAUUUGGCCACAAGGGGGCAGCGUUGUUUGCAGCUGCGUCGAGUGCCUUCUCUUAUUUCAAUACUUUCAUUUUGGGCAUAAAUACUUCUAUAACUUGCUUUUAUACUGACAUUUAUACAUAAUGUUGUAUAACCAUGCUGCUUAAGGGCUAAUGAUUCAUAUAUAUGUCCUCUUCAAAUGAUUGAUUAUUACAUGUUUUUAUGGCAGCUUUUUUACAGCAGCGUUACACAAAAAAGUUUUAUUAUAAUGUUAUGCUAAAUAAAUAUUUUGCGAGAA